AUGGAAUUUGAUAUUUGGAAGCACUUUUUUUCCGAUAAAAUAUUAGAUUGCAUAGUGAAAAACACAAAUGAUCAUAUUCGAUUAGCAAGAGCGAACUACACCCGAGAAAGAGAUGCUAAGGAAACUGACAUUUUAGAAGUACAAGCACUGUUGGGACUGUUGUACUUAGCAGGAGUACUGAAAUCCAGUCGCCUAAAUGUUGAAGAAUUACGGAAUAGCAACGGUACUGGAGUGGAAAUUUUUCGACUAACCACGUCACAAAGUCGAUUUCGUUUUCUCCUGCAGCAUUUACGGUUUGAUGAUAUGACGACGAGGGAAGUUCGUAAGAAAUUAGAUAAACUAGCUCCUAUAAGAGAAAUAUUUGACAAUUUUGUGACAAACUGUAAAACUGCUUAUACUCCUUUUGAGUAUGUGACCAUCGACGAGAAAUUGGAAGCGUUUCGUGGGAGAUGCGCAUUCAAACAAUACAUACCUAAUAAGCCUAAUAAAUAUGGCAUCAAAAUUUUUGCACUAGUUGAUGCAAAAACUUUUUACACUUCAAAUCUAGAAGUGUAUGCUGGUAAACAACCCGAUGGCCCUUUUGCAGUAAAUAACUCCCCAAACGCAGCUGUGCAAAGAUUGUGCCAACCAAUAAAAGGUACUGGCAGGAAUGUAACGCUUGACAAUUGGUUUACCAGCAUAGACUUGUUGGACACUUUAUAUAAAAACUUCAAUCUUACGCUAUUGGGAACGAUACGAAAAAAUAAAAAGGAACUACCAAUAGAGUUUUCUCGGCCUUUUAAGCGUCCAGCACUAACAAGUAUGUUCGGAUUUCGUGAAAAUGCGACUCUUGUUUCAUAUAUGUCCAAAAAAAAUAAGAAUGUAUUGUUGGUGUCAAGUAUGCAUCAUGAUGACUGUAUUGAUAGAAACACAAAUAAACCAGACAUGAUCAUGGACUAUAAUGCGACAAAAGGAGGCGUAGAUAGUGUCGAUAAAUUAUGUGCAGCAUAUGACUGUGCAAGGAACACUCGCAGAUGGCCCAUGGUAGUGUUUUACUCUUUGCUAAAUAUUGCUGGUAUUAAUUCUUUGAUUAUAUACUCGAUGAACAAUAACAUAGAUAGUAUAAAAAGACGAGAGUUUUCGAAAAGAUUAUCAUUCCAUCUAAUUGAGUCCCACAUGCGUCGUCGUGCUAUGCAGGGUAUCCCAAGAACCAUGGCAGCGAGAAUAUGUGAAAUUUUGGGAACAGAAACACCUCAAUCAGCCACUUCCAUCCUUGCAGAUCACCGCGGACGAUACACGUAUUGUGAUCGAAGAAAAAAUAGACCGACACGUAUUAAUGAUGAUUAG